CUUUGGCCCCACACACACACACACACACACACACACACACACACAAAAACAAGAAGAAGAAGGAAAGCACCGAAGUGUAGAACCUUAAAGAAGCGGAAUCGAAGCGAAAAGAAUCAACGGUUUCCAUGAGACUUCUUCACGGCCUCGUUCUCUUGUCCCUGUUCUUCCUCCCUCUCUGCGCCGUUGCCGAGGGCAGUAGGGGACCGUUGCUCGGCGGGUGGACGCCGAUAAAGGACAUCGAGGACCCGCACGUGACGGAGAUCGCGAAAUUCGCGGUCUCGGAGUACGACAAGAGAAGUGGAGCGGCGCUGAAACUGGAGAAGGUGCUGAAGGGAGAGACGCAGGUGGUGGCCGGCACGAAUUACCGGCUGGUGCUGGCGGCGAAGGACGGGUCUUCGUCGGCGUCGAAGAAUUACGAAGCCGUCGUGUGGGAGAAGCCGUGGGAGCAUUUCAUGAACCUCACUUCGUUUAAACCUGUUCGUGGAUAAGACAAUGCGAUUUUCGCCUUCACCUUUCAGAGCGAGUUUGAUCUAUGUAUUAACUACAGCUAUAAUUAUGUAUUCUCCUAUCUGUAUUAUUAAAUGCUCACAAAAAUAAACUGGUUUGAGAAAUGGGAAUAAAGUAAAGCAGGGUGUUUGGUGAUAUUUCUUAGCAA